AUGGCAACUCAACAAAAAGUUUCUUUAGUUGUUGCUUCAUAUGAUCUUCAUUAUUCAGUUACUCAGCUUAAUGGUCCAGGAAAUAUUGCUACACAGCAUAAUGACAGUUACAACGCAUUUGGAAAUUCGCAAGCUAACAGAAUCGUUCCAACAAAUGAUGGCAAGUUUGCUAUAUGUGCAAAUCCACUUAUUAUUGUUGUUGAUCCUAAAGGCUCAAAACUGCAACAAUUUAAUGGUCAUCAGACUAAUGUAACUGAUGCUGUUUUCUCUGAUAAUAACUUCUAUACAUGCAGUGAAGAUAGAACUAUUAAAGUUUGGAACAAAACAACAAGCCGUUCAACACUUAGUAUUUCAACUGGAUCUGCUCUCAAUGCCAUUGCUCUUUUACCAACAAAGACAGCUGUAGUGGUCUGCAAUGAAAAAGGUCAGAUCGAAAUCUACGAUAUUGUAAAGGGUGAUCGUCUAGCUUUCAUUUCAAUCGCCACUUGCCCUGUAAGAUCAAUGGCUGUCACAAAAGAUGGUACCAAAGUAUAUGCCGCUACUCAAGACGGUCAAGUACAUAUGUUAAAUCUCAAAUACGAAAAUAAGCAAUAUGAAUUUUCCGAAUUCGAAAAGUUCGAAGCUCACAAAGAAAUCCCGCUUAGAAUUAUUCUUUCUCCUGACGAAACACUUCUUGUAACUACUUCAUCUGACUCACAAGUCAGAAUGUGGGAUGCAGCCACCGGAAAAUCCGCUGGAGAAUUCACUUGCUCAGACAUGAAGAAGUUUGUUUGGGACGCUGCCUUCACUCCAGACGGAAAGAUGCUCUGCACAGCAGGAACAGACAUGAGCGCAAGAGUUUGGGAUGUUCAAACAAAGGCUCUUCUUGCACAUUACGAGUGGCAUAAAAAAGGUAUCACAUGUCUCAACGUAAUCACUUAUUAA